AUGGGAUUCAAGCAGAAUUUGAUUCCAACUACCGCCUACAACAGGCUCACGAGACUACCACCACUAGGAUCACUGGCAUCCCAUCAUACGCUGGUCAAGGCUAUCACUUACACACAAAAUGGUGACCCAACUGAAGUGUUGAAACUGAGGGAAUUCACUCUAGGACCUCCCAAGGCAAAUCAAUUAGGAUUAAAAUUCAGACUGUCUACUCUAAAUCCAGCCGAUAUAAAUACGAUUCAAGGGAGAUAUCCAUGGAAGCCGGCGAUCAGAAAAGAUUUAAUAGAGGAUCAAGAGUUUUAUGUCUCUGGGAAUGAAGGCUUGGCUGAAGUGACCAGCUUGGGAUCAGAGCUGGAUCCAAAGCAGUGGAAGAUUGGCGAUUGGGUGAUCAUGGGAAAACCGCAACUAGGCACAUGGCAAUCCCACACUAAUCUUGGGGAGCAAGAUGUGAUCAAGAUACCCCGGUCAGAACGUCUGAGCGAAACCCAAGCGGCCACGAUGUCCGUCAACAUGUCAACAGCCUAUCGAAUGAUCAAUGACUAUCUUCCUCAACCAUCUUCUUCAUCAGGCACUUGGAUCAUUCAGAAUGGGGCCAACUCGAGUGUCGGUCAGUACGUUCUUCAGCUCUGUAAAGCGUGGAACCUAGGAUGCAUUGGCUUGAUCAGAGACAGACCAAAUGUUGAAGAGCUUAAGGCUUAUUUGACUCGUCUGGGAUCGGAGGACAAGACGACGAUCCUGACUUAUGACGAGUUGGCCGAUCGGCCGAAACCAAGUCAGUCGAUCUCCUUGGGUCUCAAUUGUGUCAGUGGGAAUGCCGAGACGGUUGGGAUGAUGAGAUGGAUGUCGAACGGGAGUCGCCUGAUCACCUACGGAGGGAUGUCAAUGAAGCCGUUGGUCGUACCCACCUCACUCUUGAUCUUUCGGGACCUCAAGUUAGAAGGCUUCAUGCUCACCAAUUGGCGCAUGAAGGCCUCCAAGAGCGAGUAUAGAGAGAUGCUCGAAGACUUGGUCCGCUUGAUCGACCGCGGCCAUUUGCUCGAACAUGAGCAUGCCACCAUCGUCGAUCUUAACUCCGAUCUGGCUGAAAAAACCGUCCGGGAAACCGUCAAGCAGAGCAUGAGCGGUCGGGCCGGGAGAAAGUUCCUCUUUCGGUUCAUCUGA